AACACAAGAUACACUUACAAUUAGUGCACCAACCCAAAAAACCUCCCUCCCCCAUUUACACUCAUUCGCACAAAAUAGUUGUUUCUUUUUGUUAUUAAUAUUUCUGGUUCCUACAUUAUAUAUCAAUAUAGAUCAAUACAGUCUGCAGGGAUACAGUCCGUAAGCACACAUGAUUGUAUUUCUUUAUAACAAAAAAAAAAUACCAUAACCCCCCCCCCAAGCGUUGAUCGUUCCGCAGCUACAAAAAGGUUGGGGACCACUGCUGUAGAUGAUUUUGCCCACUUACAAUGAAAAUAACCAAAACAUUUGGUUUUUCAUGAGCUACUAGUAUUGUAUGUCUGUCCUGCUUUGGAUAUAAUUUGUACGCAUUUCAGAGAUCACAUUUAUUUCCCUUUAAAGGGGAACCGCACUUUUUUGGAAAUUUUGCCUAUUGUACACAAUCAUCAUGAGAGACAAGAAGACAAAAGUUUGUUUUUUUUGCUUUCUAACAUGUAAAAAUAAUCUCGUUCUAGGUAGCUAGCAAUGCAGCAAAUGGGAGCAAUCAAUUCUACCUCUAAAUCCCUUUAAAAAGGCAUUCAUAAAACGUCACCUAUACUUCAUUUACGUUCCGUAACCUGUAUAAUAACCAAACUGUAUCAACAUUGUUAUUGUAAAAGCGAACACUGAGGAACUGUCUUUGUAGCGUAGUAACACAUCGGCGUGCUUCAGUAUUAGCCAUAAAAGUUAACUACGGCGAGAGAUAAGCUAGUUUCUUUCUACGACAACAAGAAACGCGUUUGAGUUUGUAAUGCACAACAUUGUGAUAGGACACCAAUCUGUACUGACUGAAAAACAUGAACAAUCAUACUACAAUAUCUGUAAACUAUCAACCCACAUUUCAUGUUUUGUUUGUACACAGCUAGCCAUACAGCAUAUGCUGUCUGUUAUGAUACACACUAAGGCUGAAACGACGCGUCGACAUAGUCGACGUCAUCGGUUACGUAAAUACGUCGACGUCAUUUUUGUGCGUCGACGCGUCGCAUAUUUACGUCACACCACUGUCAUGGCGGAGCGCAGAGCAAACGAUGCGAGCGAGGGGAUAAAAACACGCCAAAAGUCGUCAAAAGUGUGGGAGUAUUUUAAUAAACGGCCUAAUAAUGUUGUUUUAUGCACACUGUGUCGAGCGGAAAUGGCGUAUCACAGCAGCACAACGGCUAUGAACGAGCAUCUAGAAAGAAAACAUCCGACAGCGUUCUUCCCAUCACCAUCAACGAGUCAAUCAUCCGCCAAACGACAAAGCAGUGUCCAGGAUUUUUUUCCAAAGAGGCAUGGGACUGAAUGCACACCCCAAGUGGCCGCUGACCUGACUGAUGGUGUCCUGGAAAUGAUGGUCAUAGACAUGAGGCCAUUAAAUAUGGUAGAAGGGGAAGGGUUUAAAAAAAAUGAUCAAACGGUUUCACUCUGGCUACACACUACCAUCAAGAACCCACUUCACUAAGCUUGUGGAGCAAAAAUACACAAAGAAAAUGAAUGAAGUCAAAGCAAUCCUGAAAAAUGUGAAAGGAAAACUGACACUCACAACUGAUGCAUGGACAAGUAUGGCCACUGAAGCUUACCUUGGUGUCACCAUUCACUUUGUUAAUGAUGAGUGGGAGCUUGCCUCAAUUAACUUGACAACAAUGCCCCUCAAUGAAAAGCACACUGCAGAAAACAUUGCCUCUUGGAUUGAGGAUGUUGUCAAUAAGUUUGAAAUAAACAUAAAACUAGUACAAGUCAUUGUACAUGACAAUGCUGCAAAUGUUGUUGCAGCUUUAAGAGUUCUUGAGGAAAGACAUGGUGUUUCAUCCCUCAGAUGUGUUGGCCAUACUCUACAGCUUGUAGUUAACCAUGCUCUAAAGGACAACCACAUCAGCAGAGCUUUAGGAGCAGCAAGAAGUUUGGUCGAGCACUUCAGAAAAAGUGAGCUAUCCAGUACAAAACUAAAGGUUAAGCAAAAACAAAUGGGUUCUCCAGACCACAGCCUCAUACAAGAUGUGUCUGUGAGAUGGAACAGUUCCUUUUACAUGAUUAGUCGCCUGCUUGAGCAGAGGUGGCCAAUAACAGCAACUCUGUCAGAUCCGGAGGUCACUCAAAGAGGGAAGCAUUUUCUGGAUCUUAAGGCUGACCAGUGGAGCUUGCUUGAAGAACUUGAACAAGUUCUGAAACCUUUUGAAUGUGCAACUGUGUACCUGAGUGGAGAAUCUUAUGUAACCGUUUCCGCUGUCCCUCUGCUGGUCAAAGGGCUUUGGAAGGCUACACAAACUGCUUUUGAAAAUGCAUCAAUCAAGUGUUUCCAGGUCACUGCUGCACGUGAGAUAACAUCCAGGUGGGAAGCCGAGACCACAUUCAAAGAUGAUGGACCAAAUGUGUGCAUAUUAGCAGCUGCACUUGACCCACGAUUCAGGAAGCUGAAAUUCCUGACUGCAGAUGAGUGUUUAAAAGUUCAAUACAAGCUGCAUGCAAUAGUUCUGGAGGAGAAAAGAAGAGAAAAGGAGACACACGCUCAACAGGGCACAGCAAUGCAAGUGGAAAGACCAGAUGCUGACAGGCGGCCUGUAUCUUUACUAGACACACUUCUUGGCUCAGAUUCAGAUGAACUCAGCAACAAUGAGGAAGACAACAAUGACAGUAAUGAUGCUGAAAUGGUCAGAAACGAGUUAGUGUCUUAUUUUGGAAAAUCCCCCAUUUCCAAGGAUGAAAACCCAUUAAAAUGGUGGAAAGAACAUCAGGCAAGGUUUCCAAAUCUGGCAAUGCUGGCUCGGUCUUACCUCUCAGUUCCAGCCACAUCGACCCCUUCUGAGCGCCUAUUUUCAGCUGCUGGGAAUAUUGUAAACAAGAAAAGAACCAGCCUCACCCCAGAGCAUGUAGACAUGCUAACCUUUCUUCAUUACAACUGUUAGUCACUCACUGGAAUGAGUAGAAUUGGUUAUAGUGUACUGUGUUGGACUGGAUGUUUAUUUUGCACAUUUUAAAAGCAAUACUUAAUGUUUACAGUGCUCCAGAAUAUUUAGAUUGGCACAAAUGUUUACAGUGUUACAGAAUGUUUUGCCAUGUUUUCAAUGUUGACUGAGUGGCCAUACUUUUUUUUUUUUUGUAAAUAAAAGC